AAGUUCACGUGGCAUGCCCAUGUUACCCAUAUUUCCUCUAAACUGGCCCGCAACACCAAUCUGGUCAAGAUGCUUUCAGGGGUCAAAUGGGGCACCCACCCGUCUUACUCUAAAAUCCUCUUCAACGGCCUCAUCUACUCCAUUACAGACUUUGGCAUCCAAUUUUAUUAUAAUAAGAAAACUGCUGAGCGCCUUUCAGUAAUUAUUAACCAGUGCGUCAGAAGAAUCUUCGGCUUCCUACGAUCUACCCCUACCAAUGCAAUGUAUGUAGAAAGCGGCAUCCCUCCUAUUGCAUUCCGAGCUGGGUAUAUAACCGAUAAAUUUAUCCUCAAAAACUUCAACUUCAACCUCCCUUCUAAGAAGCAAACUAUGAUGAAACUGGAGCAACUGGUUGCGGACAAUUCCCCAGUCGUAAGGCAAAAUACCCCUCUCCUCCUACAAAGACUUAAGACUAUUAGCCACUUGACUACUCAAGUUGAGGCAGCAAACAGCCGCUCAUAUUUCUUUCGUUCUUAUUGUCACAACUCAGCCAUCAACCUCCAACUCCCCAUUGCGAAAAAGGAAGAUCUUGACACAGUCCAGCGCUUUAAAGAAUUCAUCCAAGAAAACAAAAGCAUCAGUUUUAUCUAUACGGAUGGCUCUAAAACAAAGGACUACACAUCAGCAGGGGUUUAUAGCCCAAACCUAAAUCUCCAGCGCUCUCUCCUUCUUAACAAACAUUUAACUAUCCUCAAUGCAGAAAUCCGAGCAUUAUUCGACGCCACCGUCUUCCUCAAUGAAUCUAGGAUUCAAGAAGCUGCCAUCUGCACUGACUCCAUGGGAGCCAUCCAAGCAAUCUCUAAUGUCCGAAAACCUACAGACAAUCAGGACUUACUAGACAUUAGAAACUUCCUGCUUCUCCACCCAAAGAUAAUUCUGAUUUGGACUCCAGGCCACGAAAACAUCUCUGGUAAUGAAGAGGCUGAUAAACUUACAAAGGACCUAACAAAAGCUACUGAUCUCCGUAAAGAGAAAAUCCAUUACUCCAACUUCCUCCCUGUCAUCCACAGAAUGAUGAUGAGUGACUGGCAAACAGAAUGGACCAAAUCAGCCCAAACUAAGGGCGCACGCUUAUACGGAAUACAAGACAUAGUCUCCACUACCCCCUGGUUCGCAAAUAUUUGGCUACCUAAAGACGUCACUAACACAAUUUCACGAAUUCGCCUAGGGCAUGGAGUCUUUCCUGCCCACAUGAAAAGAAUUAACCUUAAGGACUCAGAUUUAUGCAGGUGUGGCGAAGUAGGAACCCUGGAUCACAUCCUCCUCCAAUGUCAACACUUGAACAACCUUCAGGACUUUUUCAACCAACACGUUAAAUCUAACUACUCUCUGCCUACGAACUCUGCUCUAAUUUUGAGCAACACCUCUAAGGAAAACUACAUUAUGCUCAGCAAGUUCCUCCGCUCCAACAAAAUAGUUAUCUAAGCGUCUUAAUACAUCGAUUAUCAGUGAAGUGAAUCAGUGAAGUGAUACCCCCUCCUUUUUCAAGAACUUUCACUUCCACCAAUAAUUAUUAAAGUGCACCGCACGGAUAUAUAAAACACCUAAACCACUCUAGAUCUU